CAGAAAAGAGGAGGCACCCAUUUCGUUUUAAUUAAUCAUUAAUUUCUCAUCUUGAUCAUAGAGUACGUUAUGGAAUUCUUCAACCAAGCCAAAGCAGUGAGACUCAAGAGUUACCACGACAAGUACCUUGUUGCAGAUGAGGAUGGAGAAACUGUUCGGCAGAGCCGCGACGGAUCAUCACGAAGAGCCCGUUGGACAGUAGAGUUGAUUCAAGGCAAUAACCAUCAUAUCCGACUAAAAAGUUGUCGUGGAAAGUAUCUUACAGCCUCGGAGGAGCCAUUGUUGCUAGGCAUGGCAGGGAAGAAAGUGGUACAAGACAAUAUGCCAGUAUCUGUAAAGGAUACUGCGAUUGAUUGGGAACCAAGAACUGAAGGGUUUCUUGUCAAGUUAAAGACAAGUAGAGGCAAGUUCUUGCUUGCUAACGGACGCAUGCCACCAUGGAGAAACUCGGUCACACACGACACCCCACGUAGGACUGUAACACACGAUUGGGUACUUUGGGAAGUGGAUGUGAUGGACAUUCUCGAAACUAUAUUGCCUGCUUCGCAGCUCUCCGGUGCUUCACCGCUUUCCGAUAUAGGCUCCCAGUUGGUCGUUAGUUUUUCUAGCAGCAGACUUUGUAUUGCAAGAGAGAGUGCUAUGUAUAUUUUUGAAAAGGCAACCUCUGUUCGUCUUCGGAGUCACCAUGACAAGUAUCUUACAGCAGAUGAUGAUGAAGAAACCGUUAGCCAAGAGCGCAAUGGGACAGUGAAGAAUGCGAAAUGGACUGUGGAGAUUGUCGGCCAUAGCAAUGUUAUAUGUUUGAAAAGUUGUUUUGGCAGAUACUUGACAGCCAGUAACUUGCCGUUCUUUCUAGGAAUGACAGGCAAGAAAGUGCUGCAAACUUUGCCUGAACGAUUGGAUUCUUCUGUGGAAUGGGAGCCCAUCAGGGAAGGCGUCCAGGUUAGGCUCAGGACGCGUUACGGGCAAUAUUUACGCGCAAAUGGAGGCGUGCCACCUUGGAGAAAUCAUAUAACACAUGACAUUCCUCAUAGAACUUUGACGCAGGAUUGGAUUCUAUGGGAUGUGGAUGUUGUACAGAUAAGAGUCCCAGAUCCUGCAACUCCGCCAGUACAGCAACAACAACAACCACCUGGUGAACAAAGUCAAACGGCACCGAAUUCCGAGGCUAGUUCACCAACGACGUCCCCCAGAUUUUUGUGCAUGCAGUCCGAUGAUUCUUUCGAAGGUUCGUCGGUGAAAAAUGAAGGCAGGGCCAUACAUUACCGUGUGGCCAUUAAUGUAGAAGGUGAUGUUGACGAAAAUGAAGAACUUUCCUUCACAUUUAAGGGAAGCAUGGUGGAGGAAUUGAAGAAUAAGUUGGAAGAAGAGACAGGGCUCAUUGAUAUCCAAGUUUGCUCCAGGAAUCCAUUGAAUGGGAAGAUCUAUCCCCUUCGCUUACAUCUUCCACCAAACAACACAGAAAUGCAUGUUGUUGUCGUUCCCUCUCCAGGGAGAGGUUAGUUUUAUACAUAUCCUUAAUAUUUUGUGCUUCAUGUACGUGAUCAAAUUACAAUCUCCAGUGUUCAUAUUGCGAUUACUGUAUAAAACACAGAUUUUAACUAUAUUUCCCCAAGACAAGCUUGAAUUGAUUCCUUAA